AUGCAUCUAUUCGUUGGUUGUUUCUGUCUUCCUACAGAUAUUGAAACAUGGGUUGGUGUUGCAGUUUCUCGCGGUGUGCGCGAUCUUCUGUUUUACCAAUAUUCUAGAAUCUCACACGAGCCCUUACGGUUGCCUAGGAGCUUGUAUACAUGUGAAACCCUAGUGACUUUAAGCUUACUACAUGCCUUCAUAGCUGAUGUUCCUUUGAAUAUUUGCUUCAUGUCACUCAAGAGUUUGUCUCUUGAAUUUGUGGACUUCUUUAGCGAUGAUGAUAUCUUUCACCGGCUUCUAUCGGGUUGCCCUGUUCUUCAAGACCUAAAAUUAAUUCGAUGCAGCAGCCAUACCAACGUGAGAGCAUUCAAAAUCAUGGUUCCUUCAUUGCACAAUUUAACAGUCGAUGAUUUUGGGGAACCAGCUCCAGGAGUUGAUGUGGGUUAUGUGAUCAAAGCUCCUUGUUUAAAGUCGUUAACGAUUAAUAACCUUUUUGGUUGGUUCUAUUCACUAGUGAAAAUGCCUUACCUAGUGACGGCAAACAUAAAGCUUCCACAUGGCGAUUCCAAGAAGUUUCUCGGAUGUGUUACCUCAGCCAGACACCUAUCCUUAUGUGUAAAACAACCAAUGGAUUCGUAUCCAAUAGGCGACUUCAGUCAGCUCGUGUCUCUUAAAGUCUGUGCAUGCUCUUUAGAGUGGUAUCGCCUUAUACUCAGACGUGCCCCUAAACUCCGAGUUCUCAGAUUCCAAGGUCAAACAAAUUUGGUUCCAACUCCAUACCUAAAUGAUCGUAAGAAAUGUUACUGCAGCUCCGGAGAUGUCCAGACUCAGUGGGAGCGACCGAGUUCUGUUCCUGAAUGUUUGGUUACGAGCCUCGAAACUGUCGAGUGGAUUGAUUACAAAGGAACAGAAUCAGAGAACAAAGAGAUUAAGUAUUUGUCAGAGAACUCUGGAGGACAGCUAAAGACAAUACGCCUCAGAGACAUAGAGUUCUAG